CAGCGUCCUACUGCCAGGCGAAGGAAGGAGUCCAGGGAACACACACACAGAUCAGUAGGACCCAACCAGCUGUUUCCAGGAGCAUCUCCUGCAGCCUGAGCCGAGCGUUGGAUGUUUGGACUUGAUUCGUUUUCACAUGGAGGCAUCUGGAGUGUCUUGUGCUCCAGGAUUUAUUCUCUAACCUGUGGCAGUGUUGGAGUGGAGACUUCAGCAGUGGGACGAUCCCGGCUGUGGCUUUUUUGGAUUCUAGAGCUUCAAACUCAUGCUUUUGUACACAACGUUUUACCUGUAGCAUGAUGUUGUGUACCCACUGUUUUUAGAAUGACUGCUGUUAACAGUUUGGACUGUGUGUGAGAGCCAGCCAGAGUUUCUGUUUGUGUGCGUGGGGUGUGUGAAUGUGUGUGUGUCAGGAUGAGCGUUCCCAUGUUGAAGAUUGGCGCGGUGCUCAGCACCAUGGCUAUGGUAACUAACUGGAUGUCCCAGACUCUGCCGUCGCUGGUUGGGCUCAAUGGAACCGUCAUUUCCCCUGAGGGCACACAUGAGCGGAUCGUCAGUGGUUUGUACCCAGGCUCAGAGGAGGGCUGGCAGGUUUACAGCACAGCUUCAGAUCCUGACGGCAGGUGUGUUUGCACGGUGGUCGCUCCGGCACGGAACCUCUGCAAACGAGACCCUCGGAGUCGACAACUACGCCUGCUGACUGAACAGGUUCAGAAUGUGAGUCAGUCCAUGGAGGUGGUAGACCUGCGGACAUCCAGAGACCUGCAGUAUGUCCGAGACUCUGAACCGUUGCUUAGAGGAGUGGACGGACGUUUACACACUUAUGUCGCCAACCCCCGCUCUCUGACGGCUAAGGGCCUGCAGGAGUUAAAGGGCCAGAUGUCUCAGCUACGACCCCUUCUGUCAGUGGUGGAGCAGUACAGAUUGGACCUGCAGACGCUGGCCACCCUGCGGCUGGAGCUCCUCAACCUGUCAGUCAUCCUGUCGUCUAUUCAGGAAGAGAUCGGAGCAUAUGAUUACGAGGAGCUUCAGCAGAGGGUUUUACUGCUGGAGACCAGGCUACACAGCUGCAUGAACAAACUUGGUUGUGGGCGCCUGACUGCAGUCAGUAGCCCAAUCACCGUGAGAGCCUCGGGGUCCCGCUUUGGCUCCUGGAUGACUGAUGCCAUGAUUCCCAGCUCCGACAGCAGGGUGUGGUCGAUGGAUGGCUACUAUAAAGGCAGGCGUGUGUUGGAGUACAGAACCAUGGGGGAUUUCACAAAGGGGCAGAACUUCGUGCAGCAUCUGUUGACCCACCCCUGGGCAGGAACUGGCCAUGUGGUGUACAACGGGUCACUCUACUACAACAAACACCAGAGCAACAUCCUGGUUCAGUACCAUUUCCGCUCUCGCAGUGUGUUGCUCCAGCGCAGCCUGAGCGGAGCCGGCUACAACAACACCUUCCCCUACAGCUGGGGCGGAUCCUCCGACAUCGACCUCAUGGCGGAUGAGAUGGGACUCUGGGCCGUCUACACCUCCAUCCCAAAUGCUGGAAACAUUAUGGUGAGUCGUCUUGACUCUCGCUCCCUGGAAGUCAUUCGGAGCUGGGACACGGGGUUUCCUAAGCGCAGUGCAGGGGAGGCCUUCAUGAUCUGUGGCACGCUGUAUGUCACCAAUUCCCACCUGGCCGGGGCCAAGGUACACUUUGCCUACCACACCAACUCCUCCACGUACGAGUACACUGACAUCCCCUUCCACAACCAGUACUCCCACAUCAGCAUGAUGGACUACAACCCCAGAGAGAGGGCGCUGUACACCUGGAACAACGGACACCAGGUGCUCUACAACGUCACACUGUUUCAUGUCAUCAGGAGUGACGGAUAGAUCAGCACACAAAUAGUAAAAAAAAAAAAAAGAGAGAGAGUGAGAUGGAGUUAUUAUAGAGACGUCAGCGGAUGGGUCGAAGGGUACUGCAACUUACAACACACACAUACACAUGCACACAUACACACACACGAUGGGCAUUCACAUCGACAGGAAAAUGAGUACUGUCUGUGUUUGAAUUUGAAUGACUUCCCGACUACGAGAGCUCACUGAGCUAAUAACUAGACACAAAACACAGUUGUCGAACACAUGCCUAAAGGUCACAGACAAGAGUAUUCAUCACGGUGAAGAAGAAAAUUAACUGCUUCUGCUUCAGGGACGCGGAUAGAAAUAAGACAGUUUGAGCUCAUCCAUAUUCUGUUGCGAUUCAUUCCACUUGUGUCUCAAGAAGUGAUUUUGGAAGUCGAGGUUGUUUCGUCCAAAAAAAAAGAAAAAAAGAAAAAAAAUGCAGCUCGUGAACUGAAUUUCAACUCUCCUUAAACCUUGAGCUCUGACGACGGACCUGAUGGAGAUAUUCUGGGUUUGUGAUGUGAUCGUGGACGUGUUCAGUCAGCAUGGUUGUUCAUUCAAUAAACAUUACUGUUAAACUUU